AUGGACGUCGCCAUCCAGCACCCCUGGUUCAAACGUGCCCUGGGCGCCUUCUACCCCAGCCGGCUGUUCGACCAGUUUUUCGGGGAGGGCCUCUUUGAGUACGACCUGCUGCCCUUCCUGUCCUCCACCGUGAGCCCCCACUACCGCCAGUCCCUCUUCCGCACCGCGCUGGACUCCGGCAUCUCCGAGCUCAUGACCCACAUGUGGUGUGUAAUGCACCAACCACAUGCCGGAGGCCCCAAGAGCAACCCAGCCAAGGUCCGGUCUGACCGGGACAAGUUUGUCAUCUUUCUGGAUGUGAAACACUUCUCCCCGGAGGACCUGACGGUGAAGGUGCAGGAGGACUUCGUGGAGAUCCACGGCAAACACAACGAGAGGCAGGAUGACCACGGCUACAUCUCCCGCGAGUUCCACCGCCGCUACCGCCUGCCUGCCAACGUGGACCAGUCGGCUGUCUCCUGCUCCCUGUCUGCCGACGGCAUGCUGACCUUCUCUGGCCCCAAGGUCCCGUCUGGCCUGGAUUUGGGCCACAGCGAGCGCGCCAUCCCCGUGUCGCGGGAGGAGAAGCCUAGCUCUGCACCCUCGUCCUAA